UUUUUUUUUGGAGGGGGGAUGUUCAGGACUUUUAUUUUGCAACCUUUUCUCUUUGGUGUAGGAGCCCCUAUUUUCAGGAGACUUCUGUGUCCUGUGCUCACAUCUGCCCGAUGUCUAAUUCCCUGCCACUACCUCCUCAGGCCUGGUUGACUUUGGAGAAGGAAUUUUUUGAGGGAAGAUACUCAGGAUUUUAAAAAAAGUUUUUGUAUCCCUUUCUCCUUUAAACAGAAGUCCCCUGACCUUGCUCUGUGGGUUUUAUGCCCUCCUCCCACUGAGGACUAUCUUAUUCACCUCUCCACACCCUCCCCUUCCGUUUCUGAGCAGAUCCAGCCUUCCCCAGAUGUCCCACCAUCAGGAGGUUCUGCAUGAAGUCUCUCUCUCACCCUUCUUGCUAAGUUCAUGGCUUAGUCUCUAAUUUUUAAGAAGACUUGGGCAUCAAGCCAUCUAUUCUGAACUUAUUCCCCUCUUCCUCAUCAGGCUUCAGUGUCCGUUAUGGGAAGAUAGAUCUUAGCUUAGACAGGGACACAUGUAGGCAGGAUACUAGGGGCCUGGGCUCCCAGCUAGGCCUGGAUAUUGCUAUGGGAGAAAAAUAGGCAUCUGAGGCCCAAAAUAGGCAUCAGAGUUGCAAUGGGAAGGGGACAGCCCAGGGGAGGUCUUGACUUGAGGAUAUUCAGCUGUAGGAGGCAGAGGAGGGGUAGUGGCAGGGAAUCCAGUGGGAACAGGGUGCUCAGGUCCUUACACACCCUGCUUCCCCCAGAGGACAAAAAGUCUUGGCUUUUUCAAGGAGAAUUAAGAGAAAGAAAAUUGUGACCACCUAGGAAAUGACAGGCCUUCAGAGGGAGGAUGUUUUAGCCGAGUGUAACUCAAGUCUAGUAACAGAUUGGCAUGCUUGUCAUCACUCACAGGGCAUUCAGCCCAAUUUCUUUCCCAGUUCCCAAGCCCCAUCUUGGCUGAACUUUGGGGAACAGGAAUGUGUCUGCCCCCAAGGCUGGAUGGCAAGUGGGACAGACUUGUCCUGAAUGGCCAAGUGCAUGGCGGAGACCAAAGUUGGGCUAGGACAGGGAUGGUGAUAAGACAGAGGAUGAUGUGAUAUGCAUGGGUAGGGUUGUGGUGCCUUGUCUGCCCAGAGGUCCUCCCCAGAUGGAGCAUCUUGGGGCUGUGAUAGGGGUUGGAUGAUGGACAGGAGUGAGGCUGGACUGGAUGAGCUCAGUUGUCCCAAGUCAGGGGGUUGGGGGAGCUGGGGAUUUUGGCCUGUCCACAUCUGGGAUCUGCUCUGAUGGGGGAAAGGGGAGCGCUUGAGCAGACCUUCCUCCUGGGGCUCUGUAAUUAACCAGGAAAGUGUCUGUGCAUAGGAUCUUUUCAUCACUUGAUACUUAUCACACUCCCUGCCCCUAAGGCUGAGUCUGAGGUUCCCUUUUGUUAAGUGCAGGACCAGAGAUUUUGGAAAGGCCAGAGCCACACAGCAGGGCAGGAUGAGAGGCCAUCUAGGAAACUUAGGCAUCCUAGGCCUCCCAGACUUGGCUAAGGAUUAAGUCACGGGAGAGUUAAAGGCCAAAGGUGCACAGCAAAGACCCCGGUGGGGAGAGGCUGUGGGCUCUGAAGUUUGAGCAGGAGGCAGAACACUCUCCCCUCCCUGAUCCUCCACCAGGCGGGACCUUUAGGGAUGGGGGCAGUGAAGAGGAUCCUGGGAGGGCACCAGAGGUUAGACUCCAAGCCAAAGCCCCUCCCCCGGCUUCCACCAGGCUGUCUAACCUCCCUCCCUCCUGCUGCAACCCGAGUCCCGGGCGCCGGGCCGGCGUAUCGGGUGACCGCGGCGACGCAGCCACCAGCCUCCGCCGCUCCUCUGCGGGGCUGCGCCGGCGGGGCCGCGCCGAGGGAGGGGGCCGCGAGAGGGGAUGUGCACGGCGGCGCGCAGCGCCGCGCCAGGUGGAGUCGCGGUUACCGGGGCGACUGGGGCCCGGGCCGGCACGGCGGCGGCCGCGGCGGCUCUCGCAUUGCAGCAAAGGGCACCGGCGGCGGCGGCCGCGGCUGCGGAGGCGGCCGGGGGAGAGAAGAGCCCGGGCGGGUGGGAGUAGGGGCCCUCCCUCCCCAGCCGGACGCAGGACCUGGGGCUGGGGACCCCGCACGUACACCUGUGGCCGCAGCAGCCAAACUACUGGAGUUUCAAGACCCGCAGCUCACGCCACACUCAGGGAGCCCAGCCCGGGCUGGCAGACCAGGCGGCAAAGCUGUCCUACGCCUCGGCCGAGUCGCUGGAGACCAUGUCGGAGGCCGAGCUGCCCCUGGGCUUCAGCAGGAUGAACCGCUUCCGACAGAGCCUGCCUCUCUCCCGCUCGGCCAGCCAGACCAAGCUGCGCUCCCCAGGGGUGCUGUUCCUGCAGUUCGGGGAGGAGACUCGGCGCGUGCACAUCACGCACGAGGUCAGCAGCCUGGACACGCUGCACGCACUCAUCGCGCACAUGUUCCCGCAGAAGCUCACCAUGGGCAUGCUUAAGUCGCCCAAUACCGCCAUCCUCAUCAAAGACGAGGCUCGCAACGUCUUCUACGAGCUGGAGGACGUCCGGGACAUCCAGGACCGCAGUAUUAUCAAGAUCUACAGAAAGGAGCCCCUCUACGCUGCCUUCCCUGGCUCACAUCUCACCAACGGGGACCUCCGGAGAGAGAUGGUGUACGCAUCGCGGGAGUCGUCGCCCACGCGGCGCCUCAACAACCUGUCACCAGCGCCGCACCUGGCAUCCGGCUCGCCGCCGCCCGGGCUGCCGUCGGGGCUGCCGUCCGGGCUGCAGUCCGGUUCGCCGUCGCGUUCGCGCCUAUCGUACGCCGGGGGGCGCCCGCCUUCGUACGCCGGCAGCCCGGUGCACCACGCGGCCGAGAGGCUGGGAGGCGCCCCGGCCGCCCAGGGCGUCAGCCCCAGCCCCAGCGCCAUCCUGGAGCGGCGCGACGUGAAGCCGGACGAGGACCUGGCGAGCAAGGCGGGCGGCAUGGUGCUGGUGAAAGGCGAGGGCCUCUAUGCUGACCCCUACGGGCUGCUGCACGAGGGCCGUCUGAGCCUGGCCGCGGCCGCCAGCGACCCGUUCGCCUACCCGGGCGCCGGCGGCCUCUACAAGCGCGGCUCGGUGCGCUCGCUCAGCACCUACUCGGCCGCCGCGCUGCAGUCCGAUCUGGAGGACUCCCUGUACAAGGCGGCGGGCGGCGGCGGCCCGCUGUACGGCGACGGCUACGGCUUCCGCCUGCCGCCUUCGUCACCGCAGAAGCUGGCCGACGUGGCAGCACCCCCCGGAGGUCCCCCGCCGCCGCACAGCCCCUACUCGGGGCCGCCCAGCCGCGGCUCGCCAGUGCGCCAGUCCUUCCGCAAGGACUCGGGCUCCUCGUCCGUCUUUGCCGAGAGUCCUGGAGGGAAGACCCGCAGCGCGGGGAGCGCCUCGACGGCCGGAGCUCCCCCUUCGGAGCUCUUCCCUGGGCCUGGGGAACGCUCGCUGGUUGGGUUCGGGCCACCAGUGCCAGCCAAGGACACGGAGACCAGGAGAGACCCUAUGCUCAGAGGCGAGGUUGCCCAGACCCCCUUCCUCCCCAGGGAGCGCAUGGAGGCCAUGGAGAAGCAGAUUGCCAGCCUCACAGGCCUGGUGCAGAGCGCCUUACUGCGAGGCUCUGAGCCUGAGACCCCCAGCGAGAAGAUUGAAGGCUCCAAUGGAGCAGCCACCCCCUCAGCACCCUGUGGGUCAGGCGGCCGGAGCAGCGGGGCCACCCCGGUGUCCGGCCCGCCCCCGCCCUCGGCCAGCAGCACCCCCGCAGGGCAGCCUACCGCCGUUAGCCGGCUGCAGAUGCAGCUUCACCUGCGAGGCCUGCAGAACAGCGCCAGUGACUUGCGCGGCCAGCUCCAGCAGUUGCGCAAGCUCCAGCUACAGAACCAGGAGUCGGUGCGCGCGCUGCUGAAGCGCACGGAGGCAGAGCUGAGCAUGCGCGUGUCGGAGGCGGCGCGGCGGCAGGAGGACCCGCUGCAGCGGCAGCGCACCCUGGUGGAAGAGGAACGGCUGCGCUAUCUCAACGACGAGGAGCUUAUUACCCAGCAGCUCAAGGGGCUGGGCUGGCAUCUCAGGCCAAAAGGGCUGAAAGGGUCUCUCUGUGGCUGCAGUGACCUGGAGAAAUCGGUGGAGAAGAUCCAGAGGGAUGUGUCCCACAACCACCGGCUGGUGCCCGGCCCUGAGCUGGAGGAGAAGGCACUGGUGCUGAAGCAGCUCGGGGAGACGCUGACAGAGCUCAAGGCUCACUUCCCGGGCCUGCAGAGCAAGAUGCGGGUGGUGCUGCGCGUGGAGGUGGAGGCGGUGAAGUUCCUGAAGGAGGAGCCCCAGCGCCUGGAUGGGCUCCUCAAGCGCUGCCGCGGGGUCACGGACACGCUGGCCCAGAUCCGAAGGCAAGUGGAUGAGGGUGUAUGGCCACCCCCCAACAAUCUCCUGAGUCAGUCCCCCAAGAAGGUGACGGCAGAGACUGACUUCAACAAGAGCGUGGACUUCGAAAUGCCACCCCCCAGCCCCCCGCUGAACCUGCAUGAGCUGAGCGGGCCAGCUGAAGGAGCCUCUCUUACCCCCAAGGGGGGCAACCCCACCAAAGGCCUGGACACUCCUGGCAAGAGAAGCGUGGACAAAGCUGUGUCUGUUGAGGCUGCAGAGCGAGACUGGGAGGAGAAGCGGGCAGCCCUGACCCAGUACAGUGCCAAGGACAUCAACCGGCUGCUGGAAGAGACACAGGCAGAGCUGCUCAAGGCCAUCCCUGACCUGGACUGUGCCAGCAAGGCCCAUCCAGGCCCGGCCCCCACUCCAGAUCACAAGCCCCCCAAGGCCCCCCACGGCCAGAAGGCAGCCCCCCGAACGGAGCCCAGUGGGAGGAGGGGCUCAGAUGAGUUGACAGUGCCCCGAUACCGCACGGAGAAGCCCUCCAAGUCGCCCCCACCGCCCCCUCCCCGCCGGAGCUUCCCCUCCUCCCAUGGCCUGACCACCACACGUACCGGAGAGGUGGUGGUCACCAGCAAGAAGGACUCGGCCUUCAUCAAGAAGGCUGAGUCUGAGGAGCUGGAGGUGCAGAAGCCCCAGGUGAAGCUGCGCCGGGCUGUGUCUGAGGUGGCCCGCCCGGCCUCCACACCACCCAUCAUGGCCUCGGCCAUCAAGGACGAGGAUGAGGAGGAUCGCAUCAUCGCAGAGCUAGAGGUGUUUGAGAGAAGCUCAGUGUCUUCCCUCCCCCCCACGCCCCGCCGCCAGCUGAUCCCCACCUUGCUGUCCCCCCAGGACCUGGGGCCCCCCGGGGGCUCAGCCCCAGGCCCUACACGGAAGAGUGGCGGAGGCAGUGUACCACCCAUGAAGGUGGUGACUCCGGGGGCCUCUCGGCUGAAGGCGGCCCAGGGCCAGGCGGGCAGCCCCGACAAAAGCAAACAUGGCAAGCAGAGGGCCGAGUACAUGCGGAUCCAGGCCCAGCAGCAGGCCACUAAACCAUCUAAAGAGAUGAGCGGGUCGAAUGAGACCUCGAGCCCAGUCUCAGAAAAGCCCUCGGCUUCCAGAACCUCUAUCCCUGUAUUGACUUCCUUUGGGGCAAGGAAUUCUUCCAUCUCCUUCUAGAAGCCCCUCACCCCGCUGCCCCGCCUGUCCCCCUCCCUCACUCCUGCCAUUUCUCCCCUCUCUUCCCUUCAUCUCCACCCCACCCCACCCUACUCUCCAGACGCCCUGAGGGGUGUGCCCUGAAGAGGAGGGUGCGGCCCUCCUCAGCUCCCUCUACCCAUCAUCUGUUGGUGUUUUUGGUUUUGUUUUUUUUUUUUAACAAUUAACUUUUAAUUAUCUUUUUUUAAACAGUAAAACUAAAAACCAAACACACCACCUUCCUUGAUCCCAGCUGGCCUCUCGCUGGCCGCACCUGUCACGUCUCUCCCUCUUCUCUUUCACCACUCUUUCCCCCAGUCCAUCCUGAAGCUCCUGCACCCCCUUCCCGCCUUCCCCUCACUUCCCAAGAAUACUCCAAACAAACUCUGAACCACGGAGACUUGGAGCAGUGGGAGACCCCUCUCCCGUUUCUCGAUACCUUCCUGGAGGAACGCGGGGACAUCGGACCAACCCAUACAUCAAGCCGGAGAGCGGGGCUUAGGGAGACUGGCCUUGGAGACGCCCCACUCCCUGUCUAAGCUCGGACAAGACUGUGGCUUCCUCUGUGGCUGCUCUGCCUCCUCCCACUCACACCCCAGUGGGCCUGGAGUAGAGAUGGACAGGCUGGAGACGAGGCCGGAGUUUGAGAGGCCUCAGGGUGGGUGUGAGGCCAUGGAGUCUGUAUCCCUGGGGAGGCGCUGGCCUCCUGGGCCUUGCCGUCCAGUGGGGAGUGGAGGGCAGAGGCCCUUUGGUCUGCUGGCUGUGGAGGGUGGGUUGCACGGACAGCCGGAUAUCGGGGACACUGCCUUGGGAGAGGGCGGCCCGGACGGGUAUUUGGUACUUUUAGUUUCCUGAUUUAGCACUUUAAAUGUCAUUAACUUAUUGAAUGGGGGUGGGGUGGGCAAGAGGGGCCUAGAAAACCAGGUUUUGUGGCUUGCAGUUGGGGGAAGGGUCUGGUUUGAGGGAAAUGGGAGGGUCGAGAGGAGCUUGACGGGGAGCACUGAAGACACCUGGGACCCGCAAGUGGGGUGACUUGAACUUCAGUCAUCCUCUUGGCGAUUUGAGGGUUUUCCCAGGAAAGGAUGAGACGUAGUUUUUCAAUGGGGCUCUGGUGACCCUGGUGAGAUGUCUGAAGGUCCCCGAGGCCUGACCAUCCAGCCAGCGCCCCUGGCCUGUGGACGCCCUGCCUGCCCUGCAGAGGCGGUUGGCAGUGCCGCCUGGCUUUUGGCCGGGUCCUGGGGAGGCAGAGAGGGGCCAAUUUUGGUUCUCACUCCUGGCCCCCCAGAGGGCACAGUGAGGAGCCAGUAGGGAGAGGAUAGGAGAAGAGGAGAAGGAGGAGCGGGGUCCCCGGCAGCAGGAUUCCCACUUGGAGCACAAAGUGAAGCAAGCACAGGGGAGGAGGACUAGAAUCAGUCCCCCACAGCAAGCACAGAAAGGAGGAGCUGCGCAGAAGGCAGAGCCCCCCAGACCCUGGGGCCUGGCUGGGGAAGGUCCGCACCUGGGGAGAGCGGGGAGCUGUUGAAGGUUUGAGGGGAGGGGAAACGGGUUGUGUUUCUUCAUUUCUUUUUUUGUUUUUGCCUUUGUUGGUUCAUCCUUGUUUUCUAGCUUUGGAUCAUUUUUGUACCAAGGCGAGCAAGCCUUUUUGAAAAAUAACAAAAGAGGAAAAAAAAAAUCCCUCCUGGAAAAAAAAAAAACCCUGGAAAACAGAAAAAAAAAAAAGGACCUCAUAAAUGAUGCAAUUACUUUUAAUUGCAGGCAACUCUUUACAUUUAAGUGAAGUGUCUUAACAUUUUAUAUUGUUUUAAAAAUAUAUUUACAUAUUAUAUAUAUAAUAUACGUAAUAUAAAUAUAUAUAAAUAUUUAAAAAAGAAAAAAAAAAGAAAACCACGGCACUCUCCCUGGCCACUGUUUUGGCGGGGGAGGGGGGCUGGGGGGCGGGCACGUCGGCCUGGCUUCUGUGGUCCCAGUGAAAUGGUCUGGUUUGAUUUGGCUGUACAGAGACCCCCUGACUUGGGAGGGGAGGGGGGAGUGGUGCCCCCUCCUCCCUCCACUCCAUUACUCUCUGCUUGCUACUUCGCUUGCCCCCAGCUCCCACCCUCAGCCCUGUGACUGGAAUGUGUGCCCCACCGUCAUUGUCCUGAGUUGAAUGUCCCUUUGUGGGGGAGGUGGGGGGGCAGUGUCCAUCCACGAAGGGGCAGAAGGAGGGAGCCACGUGCCCCGCCCCACCUGCUCGGGUGAAGCCCAGUGGGAUUUGCAUCUUUCUUUCCCUUUGGUUCCUGCACAUUUAUGGGCUGGGAGGCAUCCGUGUGGAAUUGCGUGCAGCCUGUGUGUGUGCUGGCACAAGCCCAUGCACUGUGUGUGCAGACGCAUGGGGCCUGCACCCACAGGCAUGGCCGAGCACAUGUGUGGGGGAAGGUGUGGGCACAUAGGUGCAUGUAACCUGUUUGGGCAUUGGCACGUGCCUACCUGCAUGUUAGCGUGAGAGGAGCUUUGUGUGUGAGAACAUAUGUAAUGUGUGUGUAGACAUGCUGAGCGCCAGAGACUUGUGUGUGGGCCACGUACAUGUGGACAGAGACGCAUACAUGGAGGUGCAUGUAAUCUAUGUCUCCGAGUGUGUGUGCGCACGUAUGUGUGCUGGUGCAGACCCAGGUGUGUGGGUGUGCCUCUGUGUGCGUGUGUUCCAUCAUCCCUGCACCACUGGCUCCAGAUCCCUUCCUGAGCCCCUGUCCCCGCUGGCCCUCUCACAGCCUGCAGCACAUCAGUGCCCCCAGCUGCAUGCGCCUCGCUGCUCUGUCCAUCAGUGUGUGCUUGACCAAGAGAAAACUAAGACGUCUCGGGGGACCCCUGUACCUGGUCCUCUCAGCCCCCGCCCACUGUGCUGUGUUACUCGCAUGGGGGAUUUCCUGCCCCUUCCACAAUAUGCUGUUUCCCCAGGAGCCUCAGGCCUGAGGCUCUGAGUGGGGGCCCCCUGGGGACCCCCCGGGGGUGAGCCCCGGCUCCACACCCUGCCCCAUCCACCCUGUAGGGCCCAUGUUGGUGUAGCAGUGAUGGCUUCUGUGGAUAUUCUGUGACCUCUGUCGGUGUAACUUGACAAUUUCUAAAUGGAAAAGGGUUGCUGUGUUUUCUCUGUCUCUCUUUUUUAAUGUCCUUUUUUCUUCUCCCCACCUCCCUCCUCUCUUUCCUUUUCAGUUUUUCUAGCCAAGUGUUUGGGGCUUUAAUAAAACUUGUUUCUUUUUCCUCUCCUGGA